AUGCACACAUCGACUGCAACUACGAAGGGGCCAAGAAGGAGAUUUGUCGGUGCACAAGCUGGGUCAAGAGCUACUGUUGUGAAGAGCGAAAAAGGAAAUGAAGUUGUGCAGAAGCCGCGCGCACGUACAAACGUAAGGAGAGCAAUCAACCAGAUUCCAGAUGAAAUCUUAAAUGAUGAGGCACUUAAUGAAGCUAUAAAGCUCCUCCCUUCUAACUACAACUUCGAAAUACAUAAAACAAUUUGGAAUAUCAGAAAGCAUGAAGCGAAGAGAGUAGCAUUACAGAUGCCAGAGGGUUUAUUGAUUUACUCCCUUGUUAUAAGCGAUAUUCUUGAGCAGUUCUGUGGCUGUGAGACUAUCGUGAUGGGUGACGUUUCCUAUGGUGCGUGCUGUAUAGACGAUUUCACUGCCCGUUCGCUGGACUGCGAUUUCAUUGUCCAUUAUGCGCACUCUUGCUUGGUUCCAAUCGACUUGACUCAAAUCAAGGUGCUUUACGUUUUUGUGACUAUUAAUAUGGACGAAUCCCAUCUCAUAAGAACCCUGCAGAAGAAUUUUCCAAGCGGUGCUAGAAUUGCAGCCUUUGGAACCAUUCAAUUCAACCCCACAAUACAUAGCAUCAAGGAUAAACUACUUGACUCUGAAAAAGUGAUUUACAUCAUUCCUCCGCAAAUAAAGCCACUUUCCAAAGGUGAGGUUCUUGGUUGCACCUCUCAACGUUUAGAUAAAGAACAAAUUGAUGCAAUGGUAUACAUCGGAGACGGUAGGUUUCAUCUGGAAAGUGCAAUGAUCCACAAUCCUGAAAUACCAGCAUUUCGCUACGACCCAUACAGCAGAAAAUUCACCAUUGAAAAAUACAACCAAAAACAGCUCGUCCAAGUCAGGACUGAAGCUCUUAACGUCGCAAAGAAAGGGAAAACUUUUGGGCUUAUUUUGGGAGCGCUUGGGCGCCAGGGAAGCAUGGGAACGGUUAACAAUUUGGAGAAGAAACUGAAGGACGCCGGAAAGACUGUCUGUAAAAUCAUUUUGAGUGAAAUUUUUCCUCAGAAACUCGCAAUGUUCGAUGACAUCGAUGUAUUUGUGCAAGUCGCAUGUCCCCGUUUAUCAAUUGAUUGGGGUUAUGCUUUCAACAAGCCUCUUUUGACGCCAUACGAAGCUAAUGUGCUUUUAGAGCAGGACCGGAUGUUCAGUGAAGCUUACUACCCGAUGGACUACUACGAAGUUAAUGGUUAUGGACGUGGCAAAGAACCAUCCCACGAGAACGUCAAAAUAUAA